GUCCCCCAGUGCAGCGAGAGGCAACGUGAUAUCGCUGCACGUGAGCAACUCUUGGUUUACAUCAAAAACCAACAUCGGUAUCAACUAAUUUCAACAAAUCCUACUUAAAAAAAACAGUGUUACCUGAUCGGCAGUGAAAUGGCUUCGUUUAAACCUACCAAAAUCCCACUCUAUCCAAAACUAGGAGAGAAAGUCACACAGGACACGCUGUACUGGAAAAACUACAAGGCUCCGGUCCAGAUAAAAGAAUUCGGAGCUAUCUCAAGCAUAGACUUCUCCCCGGUGGCUCCACAUAACUUUGCCGUGACGGCAUUCACCAGAAUCCACAUAUACGGGCCAUUCUCCCAGGAGCCUGUGAAGUCGUUCACACGGUUUAAGGACACCGCGUACUGUGGGAGGUUCAGGUCGGACGGUCAGCUGCUCGUGGCGGGAUGCGAGGACUCGGUGGUCCGGCUGUUUGAUGUCGGCGGCAAGGUGGCACUCAGGAUGUUCAAAGGGCAUACGAAGGCGGUCCAUGUCACAGACUUCACCUCGGACAGUUACCAGAUUCUCACGGGGUCAGACGACUACACCUGUCGACUUUGGGACAUCACGAAUGCCAAUGAGCUCAACAGCUACAAAGAACACACGGACUACAUUCGCUGUGGCGUCGCGAGCAAACUCAACAGAGAUCUCUUCAUUACUGGAUCCUAUGACCACACACUGAAACUGUUUGAUGCCAGAGCAGAUAAGAGUGUGAUGACCAUGGACCACGGCCAGCCAGUGGAGAGUCUGCUUCUCUAUCCCUCUGAGGGGCUCCUCGUCUCUGCAGGUGGGCGCCAUGUGAAAGUGUGGGAUCUGCUAAAAGGGGGCCAGCCUCUGGUGUCGCUGAAGAACCAUCACAAAACUGUCACCUCUUUGUGUCUCAGCAGCAACGGACAGAGACUGCUGUCAGCUUCUCUGGACAGGCAUGUAAAGGUGUACAAUACCGCCAACUACAAAGUUGUCCACAACUUUGACUACGCUGCCUCCAUCCUCAGUCUGGCUCUGGCUCCGGACGACGAGUCCAUCGUCGUGGGCAUGACCAAUAGCAUCCUGAGCAUCAAACACAGGAAGAGCCCCGAAGAGUCGAAGGAAGUCUCCGGCCAGCAGAGGCGACGGCCAUCGUUUCGCGUUUUCGUGAAGGGGAAGAACCACGCCCCCAAACAGGGUGAUUAUCUUGUCAGCAAGCCAGUGAAACAGUAUUUAGCCAAAUACGACAAGCAGCUGAAGAAAUUUAAUGUUUCGAAGGCUUUGGAUACGGCUCUAGAGACAUGGACAAGACUGAGAAAGCCUGAGAUCACGGUGGCUGUUAUAAAGGAGCUGGAUCGAAGAGGAACGUUGAAGAACGCUCUGGCGGGACGGGAUGAGCAGGGGCUCUCUCGCUUGCUCAACUUCCUCAUAGGGAACGUGGUCGACCCCAGGUUCGCCCCCGUGCUCGUGACGGCGGCCGAGAUGAUCCUGGACGUCUAUAGGCAGAUCAUCGGCCAGUCGCCAGUUGUGGACCGCCAGCUGCUGCGUCUGCAGGACCUGCUGGAGAGAGAGAUCGACUACCAGCAGGACCUCCUGGAGGUGCUGGGCAUGUUGGACACCAUGUUCGCCUCCUCCCUCCCCAGGAUGGCGGUGCCGUGCCCCGGCACCAGCAGGGCUAACGGCCUGGCCCAGCGAGAAGCGGGUACCUUGAGACCACAGCUUCAGGCCACCUGAGGCUUAUAGGGGGAGGGGGGGGGGGGGUGGCUUCAGAUUUGAGUUAGAGUGCCUUCACAACUCUAAAACCUCUUUUCAAAACAAUCGGACACACACUUCCCGUUGGCACAGGUUUUUAAGAGACUGACAAACCCAUGGGCGCAUCACUCUGGUGUUUUUAACUCCAGCGCAACAAAAAGAGGACAUGCAUUUACUGUGUGAAUGGAAAGUGUUUUUUUUAUUGGACAUCUUGUAAUUACACUUUGUAAAUGUAGUGUGUCUGCGUUUGUGUUUCGAAUGAUUCAACUGUUAAUGUCUGCUUUGUGUUUUCAUGUUUGGCAUCUGUAAA